UCUCUAGGUAGCCGAGGCACGUUCAUAAACAUCACUUAACCAAGCCAGCAAAAUUUAAGAACAACCAAUUCUUCAUAACUUCAUAUACUGAAAUGAACUUGAAUUAAAGUCAAUUACAAAGAAAUUUGCUGGAAACAAUAAUGGAAAAUCGGGAAGAUUUGAAAUCAAUUCUACCAUAUCUUCCAUUGAAGCUUGAAUCAUCUCAUCUAGUAUGGCCAAACCCAGUAAUUGAAGCUCUGAAGUCGCUUUCUAAAGGCCCGAGUCAUAGCCAAGUUGACUCAGGAGAAGUCCUCUUCCUCGCCAUUUCUGAUCUUAGGAACUCUCUUUCUCUCUCUCCUCACAUUUUGGCUUCCUCCGCUGCUGAUGGAUAUGCCCUUUUCUUUGAUGAGUUUUUGUCAAGGGCUGAAGCAGCAAAAUGGUUUGGGGAGGUAGUCCCUGUGAUGGCUGAUUUGUUACUAAGAUUUCCUACUCUUUUAGAAUCUCAUUAUCAGUAUGCAGACAUUAUUAUGGUUGGACUUGAAACAGGCCUUCGCUUACUGGAUUCACAACAACCAGGCAUUGUUUUCCUUAGUCAGGAGCUUAUUGCUGCCCUGCUAUCAUGCUCCUUCUUUUGCUUGUUUCCAAGUGCCAAUAGAGGUGCCAACCAUUUACCAGUGAUCAACUUUGAUAGACUAUUUGCGAUUUUGUAUGAAAAAUACAGCAAAAGUCAAGAGCACAAAAUCAAAUGCAUUGUUCAUUAUUUUGAGAGGAUACAUUCAUGUAUACCGACGGGCUUUGUUUCAUUUGAAAGGAAAGUUCUUCCUCUGGAGCAUAAUUUACCUCUUGUUUCUUAUCCCACUGCUGAUUUCUGGGCCAACUCUGUAGUUCCCCUCUGCUUGUUUGAGAUCUUCCCUUCAGGCUUGAUAGAAGACCAGUCGAGGGGGGCUCUGGAAGUUGAUUUUGCAAACAAGAAGCUUGGUGGUGGUGCUUUAUCCAAGGGUUGUGUUCAGGAAGAGAUUCGUUUCAUGAUCAAUCCUGAAUUGAUUGCCGGCAUACUUUUUUUGCCUUCCAUGUCAGACAAUGAGGCGAUAGAGAUUGUGGGUGCAGAACGUUUCUCAAACUACUCAGGAUACGCCUCUACAUUUCGUUAUGCUGGCAACCAUGUGGACUUGAGAGAAGUAGAUUCAUUGGGAAGACGUACAACAAAAAUUGUUGCAAUAGAUGCAUUGUCUCGCCCUGGAUUGAGACAAUACAGAGCUAACUGCCUUUUGAGAGAGGUUAACAAGGCAUUCUGUGGCUUUCUGGAUCAACCUAAAGAUCAGGAGUAUCAGACCCUAUUGCAAUAUUAUGACUCUUGUGAAGCUCAUCCUGCUAAUGAUUUUAUGGACGCCAACAUGUCUAAAAUUCAAGCAACCUUAAUUGAAGGCUGUGGGACCUCAGUGGACACUGAUGAAGCAGAAGCCACUCAGUGUAUGGACAGUAAGCUGCAAGUGCAUCAUAGCGAUGUUGGGAUUGCUACUGGAAACUGGGGCUGUGGUGCUUUUGGUGGAGAUCCUGAAGUUAAGACUGUAAUACAGUGGCUAGCUGCAUCUCAGGUGACUCUUCUGUCCAGCACUGUUAAUUUCAGCUUUUCUAGAUUGUUGGAAGUUGGAUACUUCUGGAGAAAGGCCUUGAGACCUUUCAUUUUAUAUUACACAUUUGAAUUGGAGGCAUUGCAAAAUGUGGAUCAGGUGUGUAAUUGGAUUCUGUCCCAUAAUUGGACUGUUGGAGACCUAUGGAACAUGUUGGCCGAUUAUGCUUCUAAACGUGCAAAGGGAGAAACUAAGCUAGGUUUCUUUUCUUGGCUGCUUCCAUCAAUGUAGGCUAUGUAGCUGUAUUCAUGGCAGAUAAGUUUCAUGUCAUGUAACAUACUUGGUCAUUUGUUUAUUUCGCCCAUGUAAAGAGAACCACAGUUUGAGUUUGCUGAGCAUUUGAGCUCUUGAUUCAGCUACUGGAUAUAAACAGACUUUCUAAAGCAUUUAAUCAUAUCAGGAUAGUGUAUAAUCAUCAGUGGAUCUUGCCGAUUGUAGAUUGAGAAGAAGUAUAUAAUGCUUUGCUGCCCAGUAAUAACAGCAAGAUGUUGCUGAGAUAUGGCUCGUCUUACAUUUUAUAUUA